CUGUCUAUUUUAAAUGUUUUGUGGAGAUGGAGUCUCACUAUGUUGCCCUGGCUGAACUCCUGGCCUCAGGGGAACUUUGUACAUGCCUCAUCCCAUCUGGGUCAGCCAUACUGCUGCUUCAAUCUUGGAGCUAAAGUUCAGUCUGUCAACAUUUCUAACCUGUAACUCUAUCUUCUCUCUUCUAAAGAAGGAGAAUUUCCUCUCCUUUUUUAUUACUAUAUAUUCAAGUUAAUUUUGCCCUCUAGCAUUAGGAACUUAAGCAGAUAAAUAGCUCUUCAUUUAUUUAUGAUCAUUGUUUUAGACCAAAAUAAUUGGCAGAUACAUAGAAGGCCUUAGUAAAAAUAAACAUCAUGUAGGAUUAAUACUAAUAUUUGAUUUUGGGUUUUUAGUUAUGGUAAUGGAAUAUUGUUCCCUGGAUUUCAUAGGUGCUCUUCCAAAUCUUUGCAUUAGGAGUCAGGUGAGAGAUCUUCCUAGUUCCCAUGUUCCAGAGGAUCCUGGAUCCCCAGUUACCCAACCCCCAUUAGUUUUUGCAUACAGUUGACCUUUGAACAACAUGGUUUGAACUGUGCAGGUCCACUGAUACACAGAUUUUUUUCGACCAGACAAGGAUAGAAAAUACAGCAUUCGGGAUGUGAAAACCAUGUGUGCAGAGGGCAGAUAUUUGUCUCCACGAGUUCCCCAGGGCUGACGGCAGGACUCGAAUAUGCAUGGAUUCAGGAUCCGAGGGUGUUCCUGGAAACAAUCCCCAGCGCCCUGCAUGUAUCAAGGCGCAGCUGAGUUUGGAAACAGCUUAUGGUGUCCCGUGUUCUGUCUCAGAGUCGCCAUUUUACAGCCAUCAAUGACAGCACAAUGUUUUGUGAUACGUGCCGGCAUGUUUUUCCCCCUAGAUCUCUGGAAACACCAAGUCAUGAAAGAAAACUUUUCAGUCUCAAGACCACAAAUAGUUGAAAAAUUUAGACAGAGAUUAAUGCAGAAUUAUCAGGAUGAUGGAGUAGAGAUCACUUUCAGGAAAGAUCACCUUGAGGCCUGCCUCCUUUCCCUGGGUUGUGACGUGAUGGCAAGAGAACGCAGCAACUUUGAGACCUACUCCACGUGCUAUGAGCAUGUGUUGCAUCACGCUAGGCAGAGGCUCAGCCAGAAAGAGCAAGAAUUAGAUGCUGCACGAAGAGGCGAGGGUCCGCCUGAAGACAGUGCUGGCCAGGUUGCAGAGCUCAGUCAUGAUAUGAUCAUGGAAAUCACCGCUCUGAGAGCCCAACUCACAGACUUGGAAGAGGUGAAUCUGAAUCUCAAGACGCAGAUUAGAAAAGAAGUCCAAGAAGAAUAUGAGGCAUUAGUCCGAGCUUUGUUUCAGACCUGUUUACACAUGAAAGAGAAGCUGGAUGAGAAUCAGCUUAAUUUGAUCCAGAAAGUGUGUGAGCUCAUCGGUGAAGUGAGAACAGAAGGGAUUGACAAUAUGAAGGACCUAAAGAAAAAAUGGGGCUCUGCCAGCCCUGAUGAAGGAAUGAAAGAAAACCCGGCCAAACAGGAACAGCUGUGGGCCUUGGAGCAGGACAACUGCAGCCUGGCCACCCUGGUGUGCAAAGUGAGGAGCCUGGGCCGCUGGAGGCUGGCUGUGCAGCAGGCACGCUUCCAGGCCCAGCUGAGCAGGGCAGAGAAGGAAUCUAUUCAAAGUAAAAAAGAGUGUUUGCGCAUCAAGCUGAUGGCAGAGCGAGAAGUGGGUUUAUUUCAUCAGCAGAUCCUGGCUCUCAGGCAGGCCCUGGCCAGGGCUCAGGCCGACAGCACGAGGAUGUGGAAGCAGCAGGACAGCCAGGCUCAACUGCUGAAGGAGUUAGAACAUAGAGUGACCCAGGAAGCUCUCACCCAGGAGCAGUUGCACUUCAUGAAAACAUCCAGGAUGGAGAAGCUCUUGGAAGAUGUGGGGCAGAAAGAACAGCAAUUGCAGCUCCUUAGUAAAGAGGCUGAGAGGGCUUCUAAGCUGGGCCAGCUGCAGCAGAAAAAAAUGAAGAGAGACCUCCACCAGAUGAGAAGCCGGCUUGCCCAGGAGCGCAGUGUGAAGCUGGAUGCUCUCCAGCGUGUGGAGGAGCUGCAGAGUCAGCUUCACGAUGCCCAGCAGUCAGCUGUCCCCACAGGCUCCUCAGGCGACCUUAUAUCCCAGGCUCAAUACUCCCCAACUUCUGCUUCCAUAUCAUCCAGAUACUCCCAGCAAUGCUUUUUAAAGACUAAUCUCAAAGGCAGUAAAAUAACAAGAUGGAUUCCAAGGCCACAGACUGUACCUAUCAAACACAAAAAAAGGAUUGAUGAUGUUUUCCUACCCAAUAUGGCAGAAAAUGUUCAACUGACAGCUUUUCAGGUUCAAAUAGCUCCAUCCAGAUUCCCAUUUAGAGCUGACUGGUGAUCGUAUCUUCUUUUUCCAACCUUUAUUUCUAUGAGUAUUUGAAUGAAUAAAAAUGACUCCAAAUGCCAUUAAACCUCUUAA